AUGAAUAAUUCUCAACCAAUCCUUAAUGGUUCCAACUAUACGGAGUGGAAGGAAAGAAUGCUUAUUUUGUUGGGGUGCAUAGAUCUUGAUCUAGUGUUGAGAGUUGAUAAGCCACCUGUUCUUACAGAAGGUGCAACGCUAGAAGAAAAGGCUUUUUAUGAUAAGUGGGAUUGCUCAAAUCGGCUAAGUUUGUUGCUGAUGUCGGCGCAUGUCGGUAGGAACGUUAAGGGAUCGAUCCCUGAAUGUCAAACAGCCCACGAAUUUAUGGAGGCAGUAGAUCAGCAGUUUGCUUCCUCCAACAAGGCAUUGGCUAGCACCCUAAUGGCAAAGCUCUCGUCCAUGAGGUACUCUGGUUCGGGCUCCAUUCGAGAGCAAAUAAUGGAGAUGCGGGAUAUAGCUUCACAGCUGAAUGCGAUCGAGAUCACUAUCUCGGAUUUUUUUCUAGUGCAGCUUAUUCUGAACUCCCUGCCGCAUGAAUUCGGACCCUUCAAGAUCUCCUAUAACACACAUAAGGAUAUAUGGUCAGUAAAUGAACUACUGACCAUGUGUGUUCAGGAGGAGGGCAGUGAUAGUCAACUUUAA